UUCAGCGUUUGCGCUGGCGGUCGUCGCGUCUGUGUGCGCUCCCCCUUCUUCUGACCCCCGGCCUGGCGGCGCCCGCCUCCUCCGCGGCCAAUCCGCCUCUUCCCUUCCCCGGUCCUUUCUUCCUCACCCUCCUCCCUUGCUCCUUCCCCUCCUCGCCGCCGCCCGAGACCGCCGGCCCGGGGACGAGCUCUGCGGACGCAGCCAGAAAGUAUAGCUCCUGCCAUUGAGCUCAAUGCACUGAGCGUGAAGCAGGAAAGAAAACCAAUGUAUAAGCCUGUGGACCCUCACUCUCGGAUGCAGUCCACCUACAGCUACGGCAUGCGUGGAGGUGCCUAUCCCCCCAGGUACUUUUACCCAUUUCCAGUUCCACCGUUACUCUACCAAGUUGAGCUUUCUGUGGGAGGACAACAGUUUAAUGGGAAAGGAAAGACGAGACAAGCUGUGAAACAUGAUGCCACUGCCAGAGCACUGAGGACUCUGCAGAAUGAGCCUCCACCAGAGAGGCUGGAGAUGAAUGGAAGAGAAUCAGAGGAAGAAAACCUCAAUAAAUCAGAAAUAAGCCAAGUGUUUGAGAUUGCGCUGAAGCGGAAUUUGCCUGUGAAUUUUGAGUCUUUCCCUCUGACACAGGUGGCCCGGGAGAGUGGCCCACCCCACAUGAAGAACUUUAUGACCAGGGUUUCAGUCGGGGAGUUUGUAGGGGAAGGAGAAGGGAAGAGUAAGAAGAUUUCCAAGAAGAAUGCGGCAAGGGCUGUGCUGGAGCAGCUGAGGAGGCUGCCACCUCUGCCUGCUGUGGAGCGAGUGAAGCCCAGAAUCAAGAAGAAAAGUCAGCCCACGUGCAAGCUACAGACAGCCCCAGAUUAUGGCCAGGGGAUGAACCCUAUUAGCAGAUUGGCACAGAUCCAGCAGGCAAAAAAGGAGAAGGAGCCAGAGUACAUGCUCCUUACAGAACGAGGCCUUCCCCGUCGCAGGGAGUUUGUGAUGCAGGUAAAGGUUGGCAAUCACACGGCAGAAGGAGCAGGUACCAAUAAGAAGGUGGCCAAGCGCAAUGCUGCUGAGAACAUGCUGGAGAUCCUGGGCUUCAAAGUCCCCCAGGCACAGCCCGCUAAGCCAGCGCUCAAGUCAGAAGAGAAGACCCCAGUAAAGAAACCAGGAGAUGGAAGGAAAGUAACGUUUUUUGAACCUAGCCCUGGGGAUGAAAAUGGAACUAGUAAUAAAGAAGAUGAGUUCAGGAUGCCUUAUCUUAGCCAUCAGCAGCUGCCAGCUGGAAUCCUCCCCAUGGUGCCAGAGGUUGCCCAGGCUGUCGGGGUUAGUCAAGGACACCACACCAAAGAUUUCACCAGGGCAGCUCCAAAUCCUGCCAAGGCCACGGUAACUGCCAUGAUAGCCCGCGAGUUGUUGUACGGGGGCACCUCGCCCACAGCCGAGACCAUUUUAAAGAGUAACAUCUCUUCAGGCCACAUACCCCAUGGACCUCGCACAAGACCCUCUGAGCAACUGUACUACCUUUCCAGAGCCCAGGGAUUCCAGGUUGAAUACAAAGACUUCCCGAAGAACAACAAGAAUGAGUGUGUGUCUCUCAUCAACUGCUCCUCCCAGCCGCCUCUUGUCAGCCAUGGCAUUGGCAAGGAUGUGGAGUCAUGUCAUGAUAUGGCUGCAUUGAACAUUUUAAAGCUGCUGUCUGAGUUGGACCAACAGAGCACAGAGAUGCCAAGAACAGGAAAUGGACCAGUGUCAACGUGUGGGAGGUGCUGAACCUUUUCUGGCCACAAACCAUUAUAAAAACCCAACAUAUAUACUGAAAAUACUGAGAACUGCAUUGAAAAUUUGGAAUUUCUGAUAACUCCAGUGGGCCAAGACAUGGAUAAAAAUGUGGCAGCAGGAGCAGAGAAGACAACAAAGAAGACGAGACUGCCUUGGUUGUGCUGGGCUGCUAGUGACAAUGCUGUGCUCUGUCAUUCAUCAAGAGACCAGCCCCAGCACCACCAUUUUUGUUUUUGCAUUGUGACAGAGAAACAGAAUGGCCAGCUCUUACGCUGGCUCAUUCACAUAUAUUGGAAAACCCUGGGCAGCCACACCAGAGAGGCCUUAAAUUGGCCCGGAGCUAAAAGCACCCAAGAAAAGCCAGUGCUUCCUACCAUAUGUUAACUGUCUUGGCGAGCUCAGCCCUGCCGUACGUAGCACCCGCAGUAACCACUGCUUUCUCUUCAACAGUGAUGCCUGUUAGUUUCAUUAUUUCCUUUGGUUGAUAUGACACCAUAUAAUUUUCAUUUCAGUUUCUCAGUUGCAUCUACUUAUCUAGCACAGUUUAGACACUAGUCCCAGACCGAUGCUAUCAGUUAUAUAUAUAACUGGCAAAGAUCACAGCCCUAUUUGGUGAUGCAUUGUGUGCCUCUGGCUUGACUGGACAGUUCUGGACUUAUCAGAAUCCUUGACAACCCCUACCCCUUUCUUGUAUAAAUUGGACAGCUUAGGAAUUUUAAACUUUAGGUGAUCAAAAGAUUUGAUCCUUUUCAACUUUAUUUUUAAGCAGCAGACUUAAAAAUGAGCCCUGACUUUCACCGAUUAUUACAGAAAUUGUCAAUGGGUAUAUCUGCUGAGGAGGUAGCUUUUUUUUUUUUUUUUAACCACACUACAGGACAUUACCUGUGGGCAUAGAACACUACAGGCUGGUGUCCCUGGAGUGCCCAAUACAGUCAAUUCCAACUUCCAUAACAGAAGGUCGUCAGGUUUCCUAGUGCUGUGCUGGUGUGCACAGAUACAAAGGUCAGCUGGCUGUGGUGGACAGCCUUUUGGCUUUGAGCUCAGCCGUGCUUCCCCUCUUGGUUUAGCUGGAACCUUUGUACCCAUGGAAUGUAAGUAAACUUAGUCUUUGUCACCAAUAAAUGGUAAUACUAAAUUUUUUUUUUUUUUUUUGGUUAAAUUAUUUUCAAACACCACUACUUCUAGACCAGUCUCCUGGUUCACCCUCCACCUUUUUUUUUUUAAAGAAGAGAAUAUUUGUAAUGCUUGUGAUUCUGUCUGGGCAAAAAUCUGAAGAUCUAAACCUCUUUAUAUAUUAAACUAUUGAUCAAUAAA